ACCAUAUCUGCUGCUUCACCCUCGAUUGCGCUGCCCCUCCUGCUCUCUUCUUCCUCUCUUACACUACCAUACCACACCACACCACACCACACCACAUCUGCUCACAAUGGCCGCAUCAAAACCUAGCAUUCGCGCCCUCAGCGCUCUUGCUGCGGGUCCCCGCCUUCUCGGACCCCGCCUUACCGUCCGACAAUUGUCCAUGACUGGCUCGACAUCAUCUUCCUCCCUUCUCACAACCGACAAGCCAUACGGCUCAAAUCGCUCUCGUGGCCCAAUUCGUCUCUCUGGCGAGCACUCGUCCGCUGUCUCUGAAGCCCCGGAGACGGGCAACAACGUCCGCCGCUUCAACACUUCCAGGAGUAGGAAGGCAGUUGGCGACAGCAGCACCCUGGACUUUGCCUACAUUCCCGGCUUCGACCCGGAAACCAGGAGCGCCCCUCUGGGAAUCAGGGUCCCCAUCUUGCCAUGGGCUGACGUCCAAGGUCACUCUGCCGAGAGCGAGGGUGUAGUACCCAUGCAGCCCACCAUCUACGCCGUCGGCAGUGACGGCACACAUAUCCACUCUCCCUCGGCCAUGUCCGACACCGCCGACAAAAGCUCAUUCGGCUACCAGAGCAUCGCCAGCAAAUUCUCCUCUACCCGCCAGGAGGGUGAGGGCAUGGCAAGGCAAAUUUGGAAUGACCUUGUAGACGACAUCAUGGGUCCUAAACGUGGUUCCACCAGGGCCUAAGCCGGACUGGGAAUGGGGUUUGACAUGCACAUAAAAAUUGCUUCCUUUUUUUGUUUACUUGAUACUACUACGACAUUUCAAAAAACAACAAUGUAUGUGUAUGUGUGUGCAUGACACGCUUCAUGUUCUCCACAGGUGACAAAUGAACGGAACGGAGAAUGCCCUUUUUGGGGGGAGGCAGGCGGAGAGUGGGCAAGUUUUUUCCAAACGGAUCUGGCGCGAAGUGCUCGGGCAUAUGAGAUCACGACAUUACAAUUAACUACUUUAAUUGAAUUUUUUUCUUCUUUUUUUUCAA